AUGAGGCACAGAAGGGGGGGGCAGCUAAACGAAAGGGCCAACACGGUUAGGACGAGUAAGUACCAAUUGCGAAGCAGAAAAAACGAAGCAGAGGAAAAUGUAGAGGAAAAUGAAGAGGAAAAUGUAGAGGAAAAUGAAGAGGAAAAUGUAGAGGAAAAUUCAGAGGAAAAUACAGAGGAAAAUACAGAGGAAAGUACAGAGGAAGAAGAAUCGGAUGAAAGCUCCACCGAUGAAAGUGAGUCCUCGACGUCCUCUUCGUCCUGCUCGUCCAAAUAUAUGACGAGGGAAGAAAAUGCAGACGAGUGGGGAAGUAUGCACGAUUUGCGAAACGGUCACCUGAAUCGACACAGACGUAACAGAGUGCGGAGAAGAAAAGGGGCAGACCUCCCUAAUGAUGAAGAGAACGGUCAAGAGAAUGCUAUACACAGUGUUAACAGAGUAUUCACGAAGCAGACCCUGGUGUAUGAUCACUACAAAAAGAAGGACGUCCUAAUCGGCCUCUGGUGGAAAAACAUGAUAGACCUCUAUUCAGACAUUCUAAUAACCAACCUACACAGUAACGUAAGCAAUAUCGACGUGUUGAAUAUGAACCGAAAACAGAAGGAAAAAAACUACCAGUACUUAAACGAAGGCAUUGUCCUCUUUCACAACUCCAGUAGGAAAGAAAAUUACAAAAUGAGCAUACUACGUGUGGUCACAAAGGAGGAAGUGAACAAGAAAAACGAGAAAGAAAUUUUCUACCCUUCCUCCCUCACAGAUAACUCCCUAGAUGAGUCUUUUAAAAAAUACUAUAAAAGUAAGUAUAAGCAUAUCCCACUUGUUAAGAGGUACAACUGUUUGAACAUUCCAUACUACUGCACGAAUUCGAGUAUCCUAUACGGAGGCACAGAUGUGAUGAACACCCAAGAGGAGACCAACCAAGGGGGUGAUGCAGGAAAUGUUAUCAUAGCGGGUAAGUCCAUACGGGGGAAUAUAUUUCUCUACAACAUUGGAAAAACCAUCGAUCGGAUUAACAGGAUGGAAGAUGAAGAAUCUGAGGAUAGGAAAUUAAGUGAAGAUGGGACUUUGCCCGGUGAAGUAGACAACCAGAGUGACGCUACCAACGGGGCAGAACGCGCCGAAGGGGGAAGUAGAAGCAGUAGUAGCAUAAUGGAAAACGAAAACGACAACGAUGAUGAUGAUAAUGAUGAGGAUGAUGAGGAUGAUGAGGAUGAUGAGGACGAUGAUAGUGACGACGAUGAGGGGAAAGGAAAACGGGGGAAAACCCAACGGGGGAAAACCCAACGGAGGAAUCAAAAAAAAGGGAAGACCACCCCAAGUCGCUCCAAAAAAAAAAAAAAAGUUGUUAGUAGCAAAAAAGAGUCCCCCCCAAAUGGGGAUAACCACCAAAGUAGCGAAAACAAAUCAUCGGAAAGUUAUAAAAAAAAAAAAGAGGAGAGAAAAAUAUACGAUGGGGAAUUAUUACUCGAACUGGUUGGACACAAAAAAACAGGAAAGGGACUCUCCUUCAAAAAUAAUUACCUCCUCAGCAAUGGGGAUGAUAAAAACAUAUUUAUCUACGACAUUAAUGGGAAUACCGUGCGUAGUGGCGAAAAUAAAUGUGAAAACGAUCACAUCAACGUAUCUAAAAUGAAUCCAUAUAUCUCCAUUAAGACGAAUGAGCUGUAUAGCAAUGUGAAGUGGUUGUACGAUUCGCUGGUUAUAGGUUCUACAUACAGUGGGUACUUCUCCCUGUUUGACAUCCGGAUGAGGAAUAACAACGUGCACGCCGGUUACAACGAUAAUGCACUGAACGACGUUAAUGGUAGCAAUCUCAGCGUACAUAGCAACGUGAAUGUAUACUCCGUUCAUAAGAAAAUCACCAAGUACGAAAUUUCAGAUAUAGAUAAAUACAACAGCGAUGAUAAUAAUCUGAUCUGCCUAAGUUCUUUAAACAACAUUUUCAUCUUUGACUUGCGUUUUAUUAAUAGUAGCUUGCCCUAUAAAGUUAUUCACGAUAAUUCCUACAAUAACUACAGCUUUGAUGAGUCUUACUUCGAUCCCUACCAGACGUCUGUACAGAAUGGAGAAUUCACCAACCCCACCAAUGUGAAUUACUUCUACGAUCAUUCGUAUAAUAAUUAUUACAACGAAGAUUUCUUCAAUUCAGACACAUUUAUCAAUUCCCUCUUUUGGUGUAACAUUGAAGGGUUUAAUUAUAUUGGGUCGCUAAAUAAUAAGGGCAUUAUUAACGUGUUCGAUGUGAACAAGAGCAAACACCACUGCGUCUUCACCUACGGGUGUAAGUAUAUCAAGCUGUUUAAAUUCAACCCUUUCAGAAUCAACAACUUUGCCUCGGUGGAUAAGAAUAACAUCCUCAUCCUGUUCACGCUGCCAGAUCAUAUAUACAAGAGUGACUUGGACUUGUAUCUGCAGGAUAACCUGCAAGAGGAGUAA